AUGUUCAUGCAAUCAUCAUUCACACUACUCUUGAGUUUGCUGGUGUUAAUCGGAUGUGCAAGUGCUGUCGAAAUCACGGUAAAGGUUGACGAAUUGGGUCUACAAUUCAAUCCGCAGAAUCUUACAGCAAACAAAGGUGAUACUAUAAAAUGGGCAAUGGUUCAUGGAAAACACAUUAUUCAACAAUCCGAUUCCGCCGGUUCCUGUAGUAACUCUACACAAGCAAACGCACUUUCUUCAGGAAUAAUAGAAGAAGGCUCCCAAUAUAUUUACACAAUAACCCAAGAUAGCGGAAAAAUCUACUAUUUUUGUGCCUAUUCGUCUCACUGUCUGCUUGGUGAAUUCGGAGAAAUAAGCAUUGGCGUUGGGCCGAGCACUGUCACCGAUGAUGCGGGCACGACAAACAACUCUAGUGCACCGCACAGUGGAAGCGACUCAUUAAAGGGUACAGCGAAAGCUGGAAUCGGCAUUAGCGCGGUGAUGGCUACAGUAAUUGCUAUUGGGAUUUUAUUAAUUGGGUAA